AUGGGACCUCAAAGGAGCGCCAUCCUCCUCCUCCUCCUAGCCCUCUUCUCAGCCUCCCUCAGCCUCAUGAUGGCGGACAUGUCCAUCGUCGAAUAUGAUAACAAUCAUCCCUCAAAAUCCAGAACCGAAGAAGAAAUGAUGGAUAUUUACAAAAAGUGGAUGAUAGAGCAUGGAAAAGUCUACAACGGAAUUGAGGAAUCCGAAAAGCGCUUCAACAUUUUUAAGGAUAAUUUGGUCUUCAUAGAUGCCCAUAACUCCGAGAACCGGACCUACAAGGUUGGAUUGAACGUGUUUGCCGAUCUGACUGAUGAAGAGUACCGAUCCUACUACCUCGGCAUGAAAUAUGAUGCCCGUCGCCAAUCUGUUCAGUCGAAGAUGGCCAGCCAAAGGUAUGCUGCCUCCUCAGCUGAAAUUCUCCCGGAGUCCGUUGAUUGGAGGACGAAAGGUGCCGUAUCACCUAUUAGGAACCAGGGACAAUGCGCAAGUUGUUGGGCUUUCUCGGCAAUAUCAACGGUUGAAAGUAUCAACCAGAUAGUAACGGGACAACUGAUUGAUCUGUCGGAGCAAGAACUUAUCGACUGCGACCGAAGUGUCAACACCGGCUGCAAAAGCGGGCGCCAGGUUAACGCAUUCAAAUUCAUUACUAGUAACGGUGGUAUAGACACCGAGAAAGACUAUCCUUAUCUAGAAGCCGAUGGCACCUGCAAUGCCACUAAGAUGAAAUCAAAGGUGGUGAGCAUAGACGGUUACGAAGAAAUACUACCGCGCAACAACGAAAAUAGUUUAAAGAAAGCUGUCGCACAUCAGCCCAUCAGCGUCGGCAUUGAAGCCUAUGGCAAGGCAUUCAAAAAUUAUGUCUCGGGUAUUUUCACGGGAAUCUGCGGAACCUCCUUAGAUCAUGCAGUGGUGGUGGUGGGAUAUGGAAGUGAGAAAGGACUUGAUUAUUGGAUAGUGAGGAAUUCAUGGGGAUCGAAAUGGGGUGAAAGCGGAUAUUUAAGGAUCCAGAGGAACAAUUUUCCUGGCGGUAUAGGAAAAGGGAAAUGUGGCAUAGCAAUGUUUGCCUCUUAUCCCACUAAAAAAGGAAAUGCCAGAAUCGGAGGAGACGGUAUUUCCAUAAUUCCUACGACAACAGCGAACACAUCUUCUGGUGCAUCUUCAUCAAGUGGAAGCCCUAAUGAAGGAUCACGAAGGAUGAGAACCAUCCAAAAACUUUACGAGAAUACGAAGGUAAUGAAUUAUGUCUCUAUGUUCUGUCUUUUAGCUGAAACAACGCCUUUGAGUUUUGAAGAGGCUAGUAAGGAGAAGAAAUGGAGACAAGUCAUGGAAAAAAAGAAUCGAGUCAUUGAAAUAAAUGAUAAAUGGGAACUCGCUUCUCUUCCAACGGGUCAGAAGUCCAUUGGUGUCAAGUGGAUAUUCAAAGAGAUAAAGAAUGUCAACGGUGUUGUAAAAAAAUAUAAAGCGAAAUUAGUCGUCAAAGGGUAUGCACAAUGA